UACUUCUUUCUUUCCCUCGUGCUAAAAUAGUGAGCUGACGAACUCUCUCAAAGCCGAAAAUGCAGAUCUUUGUAGCUGCACGCGAAACAUCAACGCUUGACGUAUGCCCAAAUGCUACUGUAGCUGAUCUCAAAGAGAUAUUGGCAUUCACAACCGGGGUUACUACUGAUGAGCAAGUUUUAACAUUCGGAGGCCAUCCUCUCGACGGUGAACAGACCUUGGCCGAAAAUGGAGUCAAUGCACUGAGUACGAUUUCUCUCAGCGUUGCUCUCCGUGGAGGUAAGGUUCACGGUUCCUUGGCUCGUGCUGGUAAAGUUAAAGGGCAGACACCUAAGGUUGACAAACAAGAGAAGAAGAAACCAAAAACAGGCAGAGCAAAGAGAAGACAGCAGUACAACUCCCGAUUUGUCAACUAUGUCCAAAGCUUUGGACGAAGAAGGGGACCAAACUCAAAUGCCCAAUAAAUGUAGUUGAUGUUGCUCAUGAAAAAUAAAUUGUAAGACUA